UGUAUCUCUCACUAUCCAUUUGUUGUUUCAUUUUUAUAGAAAAAUAGAAUGGAGAACUAUGAAAUGAGGACCAUCUUUGGUGACACUAGCAGCUUUCCACCUGCAAGAGACGUAGUUUCUGAGGCUUUCAUUGUUGCUUCGAAUGAACAAAACAUGCUUGACGAAAAGAAGAAGAGGAGAAGGGAGUUAAACCGGGUUUAUUCCCAAAGAUCCGUGCUUAAGAAGAAAAUCAUGAUGGAAAAUUUGGAAAAUCAAGCCAGAAUUUUGGAGGAUGAAAUGGCUAGACUUGAACAAGAAGAGGCUUUCUACAAAAAUGAGAAGCAACGCAUGAAGGUGGAAGAACAACGAUUAUACCAGGAAAUAGAAUUUUUUGAGAAAGAGAGAUUGCUUAGACAAGCCGAAGAUGAAAAGAACAUGGGAGAAGCAAUUAAGAUGAGGGAACUCCAAGCUAAGAAAGAUGAGCAAGUAGAUUCCUGGUUGCUUAAUUAGAAAAGCACUACUAUUCUUACGUGAAUUAGUGGUUUCUUUUCGCAUUUCUCUGUGCAAGAUGUUGGUUUCAACAAGACAAUAAAAAGUGGUCCUCGUAUUCUUAA